CGCCAGCUUCCUGUGCGCGACUUCUUUGCGACACUUGCGUGUUUUUGUACGUCUCCUGUUGGACUAUUUCUUUGUCGGAGAACUUUACAACCUUUCCAAGAUGGAUGUUUACGCGUGGAUUGUACUUUACUCCUGGCUCUCGAGCACAGUUCUGGCAGCGCCGGCCGGGGAGUCCGCGCCCGCUGCGCAUGUGCGAAACAAGCGCUGCUCCUGCGCAACUUUCCUGGAUAAAGAGUGCGUUUAUUUCUGUCACCUGGACAUCAUAUGGGUCAACACACCUGAGCGAGUGGUCUCCUAUGGCCUGGGCAACGCUCCCAGGAAGAGGCGCUCGGUCAGCGACAGUCGCCCGCGGUGUCGAUGCCAGCAUGAAGGAGACCUCACCUGCACCGACUUCUGCCACAAGCUGGACGACGACAUCAGUGAGGAGACACCAGCGGUGGUCCAAGGUGCAGAGAGGAGUCACACAAGCCAGACAAAAAGGACGAAGAUCCCCCGCGACAGACGAGUGACGCCUCAGUGGCUCAGGGCCGUGUCUAAAACGCGGACCCUUCUGGAAAAAUGGAGAGGGAGGGCGAGAACACGGCGGGCGGAAAGGAAAAGCUCCUGAAUACGACACAAAAAGAGGACAUUAGAGAUACGGACACUUCCAUGUUGGCGAGGCGAGCAUCGCCUGCGCACCUGAAGUCAACAUCAUCACCCGUGGCGACUCUGAGAAGAAACAUUUCAAAAACUUUUGCAGCAAACCAAAGAAAACCACUACUGCCUCCACCUUAUGGACCAUGAUCUUGUAGACUAACUCCACCUUAUGGACCAUAAUCAUGUUGACUAACUCCACCUUAUGGACCAUGAUCAUGUUGACUGCCUCCCCCUUAUGGACCUUGAUCUUGUUGACUGCCUCCACCUUAAUGGACCAUGAUCAUGUUGACUAACUCCACCUUAUGGACCAUGAUAAUGUUGACUGCCUCCACCUUAUGGAUCAUGAUCAUGUUGACUAUCUCCACCUUUUGGACCAUGAUCUUGUUGACUGCCUCCACCUUAAUGGACCAUGAUCAUGUUGACUAACUCCACCUUAUGGACCAUGAUCAUGGAGACUGCCUCCACCUUAUGGACCUUGAUCUUGUUGACUGCCUCCACCUUAUGGACCAUGAUCAUGUUGACUAACUCCACUUUAUAGACCAUGAUCAUGUCGACUGCCUCCACCUUAUGGAUCAUGAUCAUGUUGACUGCCUCCACCUUUUGGACCAUGAUCAUGUUGACUAACUCCACCUUAUUGAUCAUGAUCAUGUUGACUGCCUCCACCUUAUGGACCAUGAUCAUGUUGACUGCCUCCCCCUUAUGGACCUUGAUCUUGUUGACUGCCUCCACCUUAAUGGACCAUGAUCAUGUUGACUAACUCCACCUUAUGGACCAUGAUCAUGGAGACUGCCUCCACCUUAUGGACCUUGAUCUUGUUGACUGCCUCCACCUUAUGGACAAUGAUCAUGUUGACUAACUCCACCUUAUGGACCAUGAUCAUGUCCACUGCCUCCACCUUAUGGACCAUGAUCAUGUAGACUAACUCCACCUUAUGGACCAUGAUCAUGUUGACUAAUUCCACCUUAUGGACCAUGAUCAUGUUGACUAACUCCACCUUAUGGACCAUGAUCAUGUUGACUAACUCCACCUUAUGGACCAUGAUCAUGUUGACUGCCUCCAUCUUAUGGACCAUGAUCAUGUUGACUGCCUCCACCUUAUGGACCAUGAUCAUGUUGACUAACUCCACCUUAUGGACCACGAUCAUGUUGACUAACUCCCCCUUAUGGACCAUGAUCAUGUUGACUGCCUCCACCUUAAUGGACCAUGUUAAUGUUGACUGCCUCCCCCUUAUGGACCAUGAUCAUGUUGACUAACUCCACCUUAUGGACCAUGGUCAUGUUGACUGCCUCCACCUUAUGGACCAUGAUCAUGUUGACUGCCUCCCCCUUAUGGACCAUGAUCAUGUAAACUAAGUCCAGUAGUCCUGUGACUGACACACCAUAUGUAGCCAUGCAGUACUGUAGCCCCCCCAGAGGUAUUAUUUAAGUAUUACAUGUUAUGAUAUUUAUUUGCAUACUUCAUUCAAAGACAGCCAUAUUGGUUGUGCGCUCAUUUUCAUUUCUGUGAAAUGUUUUGUCACCGACCUGCCAAAUAACGGCAACGUUUUUGAAUAAAUGUGUACACCUUUAUAUUUAAAA